CCACAACACUAAAGACUACAUUUCCCAGUGUGCUCUAUGUGCGCAUUUGCGCAGUGGCUAGUAACACGUCCGGUUACCUUAAAAAAGAUACGUCUCUCGUUUUAAAACAAAAAAUGUAUACAAUCACUACUUUGAUUCUGAAAGAUGCUUUAAUAUUGAUCAAGUAGUUUGUUUCAAUUCGGACUCCCAAGACUGAAGAGUUUAAAAGCGACAAAUGGAAUUGGAAAGCUACUAAACUGGUGACUUGGCGCUGUGGCAGAAGAGCGAGGUAAAUGGAUGAACACACCUGUGUGCAACAGGUAGUGCAGCAGGUGCAGGCCACUGAAGAUACAUCCAAAGUGCUGGCGAGUCCAGGCGAGGAUGCAGAGCGGUGAGCAGGACCCCCAGAGGCAGGAGGAGGAGAGGGAAGAUGACAUGGCCGGUGGAGACCUGGGGUACGGGCUGGGCAGGAAGCCCGGCGGGAUUUACGAGAAAGGUGUGAAACCCCAGAAUCCUGACGGCCUCGGCCUGGCUCCCGCUGCGCGCCUGAGGAGGGUCUCCAGUCACGGCAGCGCUUCUUUCAAGUGGACGGCUUACACCGCCCUGCACACCGUGUUUCAAAAGAGUCUGCCGCAGGACAAGCGUCCUGGAUACUGGAGACUGAACAGUGAGGUUUCCCCAGAUGUGAUGUAUGAUCUGUCCACGGAAGAGCUGAAGCAGAGGCUCCAGGAGGUUGAGGAGGAGGCAGAGAUCCUGAGGAGUGAGCUUGAAGUGACCCAACGGCAGCUUGAAGGAAAAUACGAAGCCUUGAAGAUACUGCAGAGCCGGGCUGUGUUUGACAAAGCUACCACACAUACUAAAACCCUGCUUCAGAAAAGCGAAGAAAGAAAUAAGGUCUUAGAAAAGGACGUAAAUGCACUGCAGUGGGAAAUUGCGUUCAAUCAAGUGCAGUUCAAGAACAUCGAGCAGUCCUGGAAGGAGAAAUACCAGAGGGUGUGCAGUGAAAAUGAGACCCUGAAUGUGACCCUGGAGGCGAAUGCAAGCCAGCUGCAGGAGCUGAAGUUAGAAAAUUCUAGUCUGAAUCAGCAACACCUGGAGCUUCUUGCCAUGCUCAAUGUGAAAGAGCAGAAGAUGUUUCGAGAGUCUGUGCCUCCGAGCAGCAGCGGUGUGAGAGAGGGAACAGCUUUAGAGCUCGCUGUGCUAGGAGCAUGCAGCUGCAGUGUCAGUGGAGGGGAGCCCUGUCCUUGCGCCAAAUCAGCAGCCGCCAGCCGCACGCAGGUCCUACAGCUCAAACAAGAGCUCGACACACAGAGGAAGUGGAAGGAGGAAGCCUUUGUGAUGGCGGACGCAUUCCGAAUUGCUUUCGAGCAGCAGCUGAAGCGCCGCACUGACCAGACUCUGCGACUGAUGGAGGCAGACCCCUUCCUCAGGAAGGAAACCUCAAAAGCAAAGAAGGUCAAUGGCGAAGCGGGCGCUCUCACCAUGGGGCAGAAGCUGAAGGGGAUGCUGGGUUCUAGUGCAGACUGUGGGAAGCUGGAGGCGCUGGAUGACCCCGUGGAGAUCUUGAGAAUGCUGGUGGAUCUGCUCAAUGACAAGGAAGAGGCUUUGGCACAUCAGAGGAAGGUCAGCUACAUGCUGGCUCACAACGCUGAAAAGCUGGAAGGACACAUCAAACAGAUGAAAGGCGCAAAUCCUCUUGGAAAUGCUGAUUCUGCGGAGGAGAGCAGCACAAAUCAACGCUGCCACGAGCCUCAGAGCCAGCAGCACUGUCCUGGAACGAGCUGUCACAAACCUGACGAGGACUUACAUAACGUCAGGGGAGAACUCUGAAAUAAGAAAGACACACAGCCUCCCUGUCAAUCGGGGGAAGUGCUGCCUUCGCAAGACCAGACAACCGUUUCUGAUAUAAGCGAGGACAAGGACAGAAGCAGCAGCAGGCACAAUGAGCUACCAAGCCAGCGAGACAGAGCCGGUGAUGUGCCUCCAAGAAAAGAACAUCUCGAGCUGGGCAAGGACUCGAUGAGGGAGUGAUCAGCAAUGUUCAGUAUCAUUUCCGCAAGGACUGUACAUUGCACCAGGCGGCAGGUCCGGGGUUCAUUUAAAAUGAGCUGUUAUUCUGUGCUAACUGGGGUGGCUAACUCAAUGUGCGUGUCAGCUGGUCGAAAGCAUAUUGAAAGUGUGAAUGUAGUAUUUAUUAUUAAUAUUCAAUCAGUACAUCAUUGAUGGUGUGUCAGUGUUAUACAGGACUUUAACUGAGACAUGCCUUCUGUUUACCACACAGUUGGGGGACCAGCUGCCAUAGCAUUUGGCCUCUCCCGUGCUCUGUCUGAUUUGAGUAAGAUGCCAGCUAGGCGCUUCAGCCUCUAAUCAGCCUGCAAGCAGUUUUACUGCAUACUGCCAGUGAGAUCUACGAGUCAGGCAUGGGUCCUGUAUAAACAAUACUGUGCAAAUCAAAUCAAGUGGAAGGGAUAAUUAUAGCAGCAAUAGUAACUAAUGAUCUAGGUCUUUAUUUUAAUAUAGAGGAAAGCUCUUCUAAUGUUAAACACUAUUCCCUGUGCCAAACAGAAUAUUAUAUUAUAGAUUAGUCUGGCAACAGAUUUGAAUCGCAUGUGCAAAUGAUGGCUUUUGAGGCUGGCUUGCAAAUGAAAAAUGAAUUGAGAGGAGAUGGUUGAAAGAGUUAAUCUGCAGUAGUUUGGCGUGAUGUUGGAGGGGAGUGGGUUACCUUUUACACAAGGAUAGCCGCUCUGGUCCGUAAAUGAGAAGCACGAUAUAUUUAUUUUAAUAGGAUCAUUCUAUAUAAAGGGAUCAACACAAAUGGUAAUGGCCUUCUAUUAACAGUAGUUACUUUAUUACCAUGCCUAGGUUAUGUUUUAUUUUUUGUAUUUGUUUUUAAUGUAUUUUUUUUAGUAGUACACAUAUCAGUUUGACUUUAUCUGGGGAAUACUGAGUGAUUAUGAUACAAUUGGUAUGUAACAAGUGUGGGACUGUGCCUCAUUGAAUGAAUGUAGGAAAUGCAAUCUCCCAGUGCGUGUUUAGGUUUUUUGUUGUGCUUUUAAGAGAUGGUGGAUUAAUCUAAAUCCAGAGAGCGUGUUUGCCACAGAAAGGUCUACAGAAUAGAAGUGUGUGAAACUGCAUCCCUGUGUUUGCCAUGUUGGCUCCAGCUCCUUUAUGUUUAGCACACAUUGCUAAUUCGCUGGUGGAGCCACAAUGGCAUCUUAUCUACAUGUAUUCUAACCCUUGUGACUCGUGUCUGUGUACUCGAGUCUACCUUGUAUGCUUCACCUUCUCGGGGGCACAGCAAGGUUCAGCGCUCUCCUGCUGUUCACAGCUUGUGAUCGGUUCAGUCUGGAUGCAUAAACCAAUGAAAACCACGUGCUGUCCUGAACCAGCUAAUCUUUGUUUAAUGGACAUACUUGGGGACACUCCCAUUUUAAUUAGAUCCACUUUUGGCUAAGAUUUUACAUCAUUUUACACUGAGUAAAUUGUGUGUUUUUUUAUAUAUUGUGUUUGCUAAAUGAUGACUAUUGAUCAAUCUUAUAAUGUUGAUAUAAAUGUACUUUGACAGCAUAAUACACGUGGGUGACCUCAAAUCAGUGCAUUUUUAAAGUGUAUAAUAUGAUGUAUAUGUUAAUAAAUCUGUUUGAAGGGAGAAUGUUUGUUUGUUUUUCCUGCAUUGACUGCAUU